CUUCUGAACGGGUGGUCACUUUACACAAGAUUGUUUUACAGAUCGGUCUCGGCUACUCUAUGACCAGACAUCCCGCCAUAUCGUCCUAACAACCGUCCUGGUAGGUACCUUAGUCAUAGCAUUGCGAGCCGCGAUAUUGGAGGAUCCCACUGUCAAGAGAACAAGUAUCGUUAUGGAGUACGGAUACCGCAUAUGACUACGCAGUACUAUCUACAUACUCGCAAAAGGACGAUCAGGUCCAGUCUCUGGACUACCCACAAAGUACCAGUAGUAGCCCCUACUGUCGAACAAGUAACUUGACUCACACUUACCGGCGUAAGAAUCUAGAAAUUUCUUGCUGUUUGUAACAGGGCGUGAGACCGAAUUACACUCGAUCGACCUUCCGGCCACCUCUCCUCUACUAGUCACUUUGGCAGCAUAUACCAAGAAAAACAUAUCCUAUUGAGACGCGAACAUCAAUUCUGUGUACUGAAUAACCCAGAUUGACAAGAACCGACAAUAUGGCAUCCAUCAGAAACCCUUGGAUCGAGACGCCCCUGCUCGAAUCGAGCAUCCUUUCCAAAAUCGCAGGAUGUCGCAUAUUCUUGAAACUUGAAAACCUCCAACCUUCAUCAUCCUUCAAGUCACGCGGGAUCGGCAAUUCCAUGCUCAAGAGCAUACAAGCCCAGAAUCCCUCCGACACCAGGGACGUCCAUUUCUAUUCAUCGUCGGGCGGCAACGCUGGGCUAGCCUGCGUGACAGCAGCGGUCUCACUCGGCUACAAGUCGUCCGUCAUCGUGCCCACCAGCACAGACGAGCGGACGAUCGAAAAGCUCCGCGCCGCCGGUGCAAGCGAGGUCAUUUCUCACGGAGACAACUGGUUCCAUGCAGACGAGUAUCUCCGAAAGACUGUCAUCCCUGAAGCAGAAAAGCACGGUGAGCGAGGGAUCUACAUCCACCCGUUCGACAACCCAGCCGUAUGGGAAGGUGCUGCGACUAUGAUCGACGAGAUCAAGACUCAGAUGCCCGACAGCGAAAGGCCAGAUGCCAUCAUCUGCUCCGUUGGCGGGGGCGGUCUCUUCUCCGGUAUCAUGGACGGUCUCGACCGCGUCGGCUGGGGCGACCAAGUCCAAGUGCUGCCCGUCGAGACACUAGGUGCCGACUCUUUGGCACAAUCACUCAAGAAGGGCGAGCUGAUCACCCUUCCUAGCAUCACGUCCGUGGCAACAUCUCUGGGCGCGAUCCGUGUCGCCGAACACGCAUUCCAACAAGCUCAGCGGCCCAACGUGACGCCAGUGGUCCUCGACGACGCCGAAGCAUGUGCGGCGUGCUGGCGGUUUCUCGAUGAUGAACGAUACCUGGUCGAACCUGCCUGCGGCGUGAGUGUCGCGCUGGCGUACGACGGAAGACUGAAACACUACCUGAAUGGAUUCCGUCCUGAAUCCAAGGUCGUCAUUAUUGUCUGCGGAGGGUCUAAAAUCACACUGGAGUUAUUGAACAAAUAUCAACGAACGUAUCAACGCCGAAGCGAGGAGCUCGCAUCGAAAUAUGCCUAAGACUUGCGUGUCCAACUUCUCUCCGUCGAAGAGAUUGUUCAGGCCUUAUGGUAUCAGUGUGCGGGACCGGUACGUCGCCCACUGACAAACAUACAACAUCACGAUAAUGCAGGAGAGAUCAGACUUAGACUUGGCUUUCAUGUGGCUUUCCACGAUUUGGUUUUCGAUCUUGAAUGGUACAUCGACAAAGCGAAGAAAGGGCAUCUUGGUAGACAUGCUCUUUAAUUUAUGACACACCCAAAUGCCCUGCCCCACGAGAUAGGAUGUUGGGCUAACAGUAGGCGUUACGAGGCUGGCGUGCUUAAUGCGCUUUGAACAGCUCAAAGCGUCGGCAGCCCUUUGGUGCAGGGCAAGGCCCUGGGUUGGUUACGAGGGAGGUUAUUUCUAAACGAGGUCAACUCGUCAACUGACCAACGAAUCACUCCUCUCCCAUCUCAAUCAAAAGGGAAAAACUAGGGAGCUGUGCUGGUUGCACACAGAUAAAAAGGACGUGCACAAGGGGCAAAGUUGUGACGUUCAACAAGAUAUAUUCAGGAAGCGACAAUAACUAAAUGCUGCUACCUUGACAUCCAUCACGCUUUCGUCCGUCUGGUCAAAUUGCAAAUGACGCCCUCCUGCUGCACAAACCAGUGGUUAACAAUAUGCCACUCCUUGUCCGGGUGCGUCAACUCGAUCUUGAAGUCUCUCAAUAGCUGGGCCAGCACUUUCUGCAUCUCCUACCAACUGUUAGCAAGCUGUACCGGGGUAGAAGGGAGAGAAGGGAGAACGCGUGCGUACAAUGAUGGAUAUGUUGCGUCCGAUGCACUUGCGGCUGCCAGCGCCAAAAUUCAAUUCGAGGAUAUUGUCCAUUUGCUUCAACUGGGCGUCUGAAGUGUUCAACCACCUCUCGGGCUUGAACUCGUCAGGAUCCGGGAAGAUGGCUGGGUCUCGGUUCGUGACCCAAGGGUUGAUGCCGACAAUGGUGCCGCCAGGGAUGAAGUGUCCGUCAAUCUCGACUCCCUCAGGUGGGACAUGUCGCUCCAUAAGCAGUCCUACAGAAGGGUGAAUGCGCAUUGAUUCCUUCAGCACGGCGUUGAAGUAUGGCAAUUCGUUCGUCGAUUCCUUGUACUUGAUGGGCGAACUUAAUUUGCCUUGUUUAUCGGCUUUGUCGAUCUCUUCCACAACCUUAGCCAUGCACUUAGGGUGUUUGCACAAGUAGUAGAUGAAUGCUCGCAGAGCAAUCGCC